GGGAAGUCCCAACAGAUUUAGCUCUAGUUGUGUAGACGUGUCAUUAGACUGCUGGAGGAGAACAUGUCUUGUCCCUAUAUAUAGGGAGUUAAUGCAUGUUGUGGGGAGUCUUUACCUUCCCUCAAGUUAAGAUAAGACAGCACUUCACGUUCAGAUUGUCACUUUCACCUGCCUUUGUCAGUCACGGCUGAAAUGGGCUGUCUGUAUGCGCGACACGACGCUUUAUUACCAUUGGCUGUUUAGUGUUUAAGCGGAACGCUAUCAGCGUCCCAUUGGAGAGGAACCCGAAUUUCCCGAAGUUGCGAAGUUCGCGAGACGGAUCGCGCGUUGUGAAAUUAAACGUUAGCAGACGUGCGCAAUUCAUCUGAGGCCGUUUUAAGCACGGUGCUGUGCAGAGCCACAAGAGGGCCAUGUCUGAUAACAGCACCGGCAGCACUGGGUCAUCCAGUAAUAGCUGGACUCUGCUCUCUCCAGAGGAGGCUGCUGCGGACCCUACUGCACCAGUGGAUGAUGGGACAGAGAGUAUUGGAGAUGCACCCAGUCUUUCAGAAGAAAUAGCAGGAAGCUCUUUGGAGGUGAGGUCACUUGACCCCGAAACGCCAAUGGUGGAGAGUGUUUUGUCCGAGGUGGGUCACCAGGUCAGUGCUUCACCAACGAUUUGCCAGGAAACAUCUCCAGAUUUCUUUGAGGAAGUGGCAGCAUCUGGUCAUCCUGAUGUUGAGCUUGAUCCUGAGAUCCAUGCUCCUGUCAUCCAUGACACAAUCACCAGUUCUCCCCCUGACAGUGACCUUCUGGGUGCUGUUCCCUUCAGCAUCACUACAGAAUCAGCCUUUCAGUUUUCAGAGGAGUCGGUCCUUGAUGAAGCCACUGAAGAGGAAGUUGCUGAUAUCUCCCCUGGCCAGCAUGUUCCAGUCCAAGAAAGCCCCGCCCCUGGACCAGUGCCCAAAAUCACCUCCAGUCCCAAACCAUUCAGAGAAAUUAGCUCUUCUCCAGAUGUCCCUGUGAGCCCCAUCCCUGAAAUCAGUGAUUCUUAUACAGUCCCUGUGCUUGAUAUUCAUGCUGAUGUACAUCCUGCACCUGAAACCCCGCCUCUGGCCCCGCCCUCUGAGACUGAUACAGGUUUUGGUUCUACAAUAGAAAGCCACGCCCCUGACAGCCCUUACCCUGAAACCAUUGGUUCGGUUGAAACUGAGGAGGAGGAGGCUACCUUUGAGAAAGAAGACAUCGAGCUGCCAGAGAAAUUCCCAGAUGUUAUCAGAGAGCCAGAAUCUCUUGGUGCUGAACUUCCAGCAGGCAUCUCAGCAGAAGAUGAUGGUCUGAGGCUCCGACAUGUGCAACCUGCCGUAUUGUUGAAGCGAAGCUCAGACGAGGAGGAAGAGGAAGAGGAAGAAUUCAAUCUGCCAGCGAGGAAAGAAGAAAAAAGAGGUUUCUCUUUGAAUCAGCUGAUAGUGGGAGCUUUGGUCCUGCUCUGUGUUGGAUCAUUCUUUUUCUCCGGUUCUGUGGUUGACCUGUCUGAUGGUGAUUUUGAUGGCACAGAAUUGAGUGACCAGGAACUUCUUGAUAAACUUGCUCAAGAGAACAAACAAAUAAAUAUAUUAGAGGCUCAGAUUGAGGAUAUGGUCUUUGUCACUGAUCAGUCACAGAAAGAGGAGUUGGACCAGGCUCUGAAAAUGGCGGCAGAUAUGCAUAGCACGGAGAAGGGAGCUCUAGAAAAUGAGAACACUAAACUGAAAGAACAACUGUCUGAUCUGCCUGGUUUAAAAGAAGAACUACAGAUGCUGAGAGCUAGAGUUGCUGAGCUCACAAAGCUUACCGUUCAAGAAGACCUUCCACAGCAGCUCCCCGACUCUGGCCCGCCUUCCACUGGUGAGUCUAGUCCAGAAGGAACUGAGAAACACUGGGAUAAAAAAGAUGAACUCAAGCGUCAGAAAACUCUUUUGGAGGAAAGCCGGAAGAGGCUGGAGGGAAUGAAGAAACAGGGUUUGAGGGAGAGCUUGGUGGAGAUGCAGAAGAGACUCUCAAAACAGGUGGAUCAGCUGGGCAAGCAGGAAGAGAGGAAGAGGAAACACCAAGAGCACAAAGGGGAGAAGAAGGAAUGGGGCAGAAAGAAAGAACAUGACAGUCACUGGAAGAAGGAUGAGAUGGAAAGGGGAAAAGAGUGGAAGCAUGGUAAGGGCAAACAGAAAGACCAUCUCAAGAAGUACACAGAAGAGUGGGACCAGAAGAGAGAUGAGAGAAGGCACGAGAGAGAAAGGAGACAGAAGGAAAGACCUUGGAAGGCCAAACCAUCCAAGCAUCAUCACCACCACCACCAUGAGCAGGUAGACUUCUGGAAACACCAAGAAGAGAAGCUCAGGAGGAACCGACGUCCUGCCGAAGGCUGCCAUGGCACAUCCAACUGCGCUGAUGCAGAGGGACUUGUUCCAGUAAAGCUAGUAGAGUUUCAGGACCUUCUCGAGGUCUACCUAAACAAAAUAGAUGGUGUUCCACAGGAAAGCAAGGAGUCUCUCAGUCGCCUCACCGCUCAGUUCUUCAGUGGCGGUGUUUUUGCCCAUGAUAGAAUGCUCUUCAGCGAGUUUGCCGAGGAUGUUGCAGAUAUCCUGGAAGAUCUGGUAGAUGGUUUAGAAGACAAACAGCAUGAGAACGAUUCCCUGGAAGAAGAGAUGGAGGAGUUCGAAAAAGAGGCUCUGCUUCAGUUUGCCGCCCCUUUGGCAUAAUUGGUGUUGCCUCCCAACACAGAAACUUGGUUGAAUGGAUUGAAAAAUACACAAAGAAAAGGAAAGCAAAAAGAAACAAUCUUACCUGUUACUUGCCUCCGUCUUCACGGACUGUAGAUGUAGUUUAAUGCCUUGUGUGUGAGGAGUUUUCUUGUUAUUAGUGAAGUCCCAGAUGUGCGUUGGGUGUUAUGUUGUAUGCUACCUCCGUUAGUCCUGUUCUUCAACGCCAAACCCUUUGACUCUUGCUUGCUGUGUAAAGUGUCAGUCAUCUUAAGUGUUGCCACAUGAGUGAAACUGCUUCACUUGUAGAUGGAUCAAUCAUUUAGUACAUAAGGAGUUGUGAACGAGAUUAACACUAAACUGGAUAAGUGCAAUGAGAUUGCUGGAGAAUGUCCCUUUAUAGUUGUCUGAAUGGCAAAAAUGUACUUUAAAAACGAUGUAGAAUGUCUCAACUUUCCAGCAAAUUCUUUUUAUUUAAUUUUUAUUAUUAAAACCCUGGUUUCUUUGCACCUACCCUAUGAUUUUGCUUACUAAGCUGGUGUCUAUAAACAGCUUUUUUUUUAAAGGGGUCAUAUGAUGUGAUUUCAAAUUUUCCUUUCUCUUUGGAGUGUUACAAGCUCUUGGUGAAUAAUGAAGAUCUGUGAAGUUGCAAAGACUAAAGUCUCUAAUCCAAAGAGAUAUUCUUAAAUCUUACUCGUCCAUCCCUUACAAAAGAGGACAAAAUCCUUUUCCUCGUUCCUGGAGCUGAUCGGUGCUGGCCACUGAGGAAAUAUAUCAACUUUGCUCCGUGGAUCGCUGAAUCUGCUUUCACCGUGGAUGAAGUGAAGUCCAGCCCGGGGUCGUCACAUGUGAUUGCUGUAAGACCAAGGUACGCUGCUUUGUAAAAUCUGCCUGCCACACCAUUCUCAAGCCGACCGCUUCUGCUCACUCAAGUCUGCUGUGGCUCACUCUAGACGGUGGCUCACUUUAGACUGUGGCUUAUUCUAGACCGCGGCUCACUCUAGGCAUCCGGCCUCAGCUCACUCUAGACCGCAGCUCACUUUAGGCUUCCGGCCUCGGCCCACUCUAGAACACUGCUCAUUCUAGACCAUGGCUCACUCUAGACCGCAGCUCACUCUAGGUUUCCAGCCUCGGCUCACUCUAGACCACGGAUCACUCUAGACUGCAGCUCAAUCUAGGCUUCCGGCCUCAGCUCACUCUAGACCGCAGCUCACUCUAGACCGCUCACUCUACACCGCAGCUCACUCUAGACUGCAGCUCACUCUAGGCUUCCGGCCUCAGCUCACUCCAGACCGUAGCUCACUCUAGACCACAGCUCACUCUAGGCUUCCGGCCUCGGCUCACUCUAGAACACGGCUCAUUCUAGACCGUGGCUCACUCUAGGUUUCCAGCCUCGGCUCACUCUAGACUGCAGCUCACUCUAGGCUUCCGGCCUCCGCUCACUCUAGACUGCGGCUCACUUUAGACUAUGGCUCACUCUAGACUGCAGCUCACUCUAGGCUUCCGGCCUCAGCUCACUCUACACCGCAGCUCACUCUAGACUGCAGCUCACUCUAGACCGCUCACUCUACACCGCAGCUCACUCUAGACUGCAACUCACUCUAGGCUUCCGGCCUCAGCUCACUCCAGACCGUAGCUCACUCUAGACCACAGCUCACUCUAGGCUUCCGGCCUCAGCUCACUCUAGACCGCGGCUCACUCUACGCUUCCGGCCAUGGCUGACUCUAGGCUUCUGGCCUCUACUCACUCAAGCCGGCCUCAGCUCACUCUAGACCGUGGCUCACUCUAGAUUGCUCACUCUAGGCUUCCGGCCUCAGCUCACUCUAGACAGCUCACUCUACACCGCAGCUCACUCUAGACUGCAGCUCACUCUAGGCUUCCGGCCUCAGCUCACUCUAGACCGUGGCUCACUCUAGACUGCUCACUCUACACCGCAGCUCACUCUAGACUGCAGCUCACUCUAGGCUUCCGGCCUCAGCUCACUCUAGACCGCGGCUCACUCUAGACCGCGGCUCCCUCUAGACCAUGGCUCACUAUAGACCACAGCUCACUAUACGCUUCCGGCCAUUGCUCACUCUAGGCUUCUGGCCUCUACUCACUCAAGCCGGCCUCAGCUCACUCUAGACUGCGGCUCACUCUAGACUGCUCACUCUACACCGCAGCGCACUCUAGUCUUCUGGCCUCAGCUCACUCUAGACCGUAGUUCACUCUAGACCACAGCUCACUCUAGGCUUCCGGCCUCAGCUCACUCUAGACCGCGGCUCACUUUAGACCAUGGCUCACUAUAGACCACAAUGUU